CAGAAUCUGUGGACAGAAUUUUGCUUCGAACUUCGAAGUUUUCGAAGUAAUUUCCGAUUUUACGUGAGUUGGCUAAUAAAGACUUCUAAUCUAGACUGUUGUUACUCCUCAUAAUAUAGAAUUCAAAUAUGUCGAAAAAGAAAGGCACAAAGAAAAGUCAAGAUUAUGAAGAAGAAUUUGAAGAAAAGAAAGUCAAUGAUACACACGAUAUAACCUCUAAAACAAGAGGUAAAAAUAAAAAAAAAGGUAAAGGAAAUGCUGGGGAUUGGAGUGAUAGCGAUGAAGGGGUACCGAAAAAAUCGUUUAAAGCUGAGGAAGACGACAUACCAAAGCCAGCAGCUAAGAAGUCACAGAAAAAAGGGAAGUCUAAAAAAAAGGGUGCAGAGUUGUCAGAAGAUGAGGAAGAUGAUAACAAGAGUAUAAUAAGUAGUACUACUACAAGUACUGCAUCAAAGUUCACCUCGAAAGUGAAUAAAAAGAAAAAGGGCAAAGGCAAGAAAGAUGAUGAUUGGUCAGAUGGAGGUAGUGAUAUAGAAUUAAAAGACGUAUCUGAGGAUGAGAUUGUGAAGCCAGUUUCUAAAAAGAAAACCAAAAGUAAAAAGAAAAAUAUUGCUAGUGAUUCAUCUGGUGAAGAAGAACCAGAAGAUCCAAAGCCUGUGGUUAGUAAUGAAUCCAAAACUACAAUUAAACCAGCAAGCAAAUCGAAAAAUAAAAAAGGUAAAAAUAUUAAAGAAGAUUGGCCUGAUGAUGAAAGUGACAAGGAAAUUACAAAACAGAUCUCUGAUGAUGAUGAUGAUGAUGAACUUCCUGAAUUAGUUAUCAAAAGUAAAGGCAAAAACAAGAAGAAAAACAAUAUUGAUGAUAUAGAGGCUGAAUUAAAAAAGUUUGAAAUUAAAGAUCCUGAACCAGUGGAAGUACCUAAGAAAUCAAAGGACAAAAAGAAAAGUAGUAAAAAGGAUGAUUCUGAAGAGGGUAAUGCAGCUGGUGAUGAAGCAUCAACAGAAGCAGAAGAUAAGGUGCCUGAAAUUGCUGAUAGGGAAUCUGCUGAGCCAGCUGAGAAGAAACUUAGUCAUAAAGAAAAGAAGAAAUUGAAGAAACAGCAAGAGUAUGAGAAGCAAGUGGAAUUGUUAACCAAAAAGGGAGGACAGGGCCAUAGCGAGUUGGAUGCAAACUUCACUGUCAGCCAGGCUCAGAAAUCGGCAGGUCAAAUGGCUGCCCUCGAAAACGCGGUCGAUAUCAAGGUGGAGAACUUUUCGAUCAGUGCCAAAGGCAAGGAUUUGUUCGUGAAUGCGAAUUUGCUGGUUGCAAAUGGGCGCCGCUACGGUUUGGUGGGGCCAAACGGCCAUGGAAAAACGACACUUUUAAGGCAUUUGGCACAAAGGGCAUUCCCUCUACCGCCGCAUAUAGAUAUUCUCCUUUGCGAACAAGAAGUCACCGCAACUGAUAUGAGCGCCGUUGAUACGCUCCUAGAAUCGGACGUGAAGAGAACCGAACUUCUGAAUGAGUGCAAGAAACUUGAGGCUGAAAUUGAAAAUGGAAGCUUGAACAAACAGGACCGGUUGAAUGAGGUAUACGCUGAAUUAAAAGCAAUAGGCGCAGACUCGGCAGAACCGCGAGCACGAAGAAUUCUAGCCGGUCUCGGCUUCAGCAAAGAAAUGCAAGAUCGGGCUACAAAGAACUUUUCUGGUGGUUGGCGUAUGAGAGUAUCAUUGGCUAGGGCCCUGUACAUAGAACCUACUCUGCUUUUACUUGACGAGCCUACCAAUCAUUUAGAUCUCAAUGCCGUUAUUUGGUUGGAUAACUAUCUACAGGGUUGGAAGAAGACCCUUUUAAUAGUAUCUCACGACCAAUCUUUUUUGGACAACGUUUGCAAUGAAAUCAUCCACUUAGAUCAACAAAAACUAUUCUAUUAUAAGGGUAACUAUUCUAUGUUCAAGAAAAUGUACGCACAAAAGAGGAAAGAGAUGAUCAAAGAAUAUGAAAAGCAGGAGAAGAGAUUGAAGGAUCUGAAGGCGCACGGGCAGUCGAAGAAACAAGCAGAGAAAAAGCAGAAAGAAGCUCUGACUCGGAAGCAGGAAAAGAACAGGAAAUCUCAGCGCGACGAGAACGAGGAGGAUUCGCAGCCUGUAGCGUUGUUGCAGAAGCCCAAGGAGUACGUGGUCAAGUUCUCCUUCCCGGAUCCACCGCCUUUACAGCCUCCAAUCCUCGGAUUACACAAUGUCGAUUUCAAUUUCACCGGUCAGCUGCCGUUGUUCAAAGGCGUUGACUUCGGCAUAGACUUGAGUUCCCGUAUUGCCAUAGUGGGGCCCAACGGUGUGGGCAAAUCGACAUUCCUGAAGCUUUUGGUCGGCGAGCUGAGCCCCAUCCGUGGAGAGCUUAUUAGGAACCAUAGACUGAGGAUAGGUAGGUUCGACCAGCACUCUGGCGAGCAUUUGACAGCGGAAGAAUCGCCCGUCGAAUACUUGCAACGGUUGUUCGGCCUACAGUACGAAAAGGCGCGCAAAGCUCUGGGCACUUUCGGCCUCGCUAGUCACGCCCACACUAUCAAGAUGAAAGAUCUCAGCGGUGGGCAGAAGGCCAGAGUAGCUUUGGCCGAACUAACACUGAUGGCUCCCGAUGUUGUCAUAUUGGAUGAGCCGACGAACAAUUUAGACAUAGAGAGUAUAGACGCGCUCGCAGACGCUAUCAACGACUACAAGGGCGGCGUGGUGAUCGUCUCCCACGACGAGCGGCUCAUACGAGAGACCGACUGCGCUCUGUACGUCAUAGAGGACCAGACCAUCAACGAGGUGGACGGCGACUUCGACGACUAUCGUAAGGAAUUGCUCGAGAGUUUGGGCGAGACGAUCAACUCGCCAUCUAUCAUCGCCAACGCUGCAGUUCUACAAUAGAUCUUACCGACCAAGAAAUAAUAAUAAAAACAACACGAUCACAUUAUCUCUGCAUCUCGAUUGAACGCGAUCUGUGAAAGGUUUUAACGCCAUGCAUUAGUUUUCAAAUAUUCUUGAUUUAUUGUAAUAAUUUCUUUUUUAUUGGUCGCAACUGACAGAAAAUUGUGAAAUGUUUAAGAAAGACGAAUUUUGUGACUAUUAGUCAGGAAUUUAUAAUAUGUACUGUACCUAUUGUCUAUCUCAAUGAAAGAAAUCUAUACUGAAAUAACUUCUCGCCCGUUUCACUAUUGUAAGCGUGGUCGUAAUCACGAUGAGCCAUCUGGGGAGGGGGCAGAUAUAGUAAGCCUUACGAUUUUACCACCUAGCUUUAUUCGUGGACUGCCUGGUUCAUUAAUUAGUAGGGCCUCAAAUAGGGUAUUUGACAGUAUUAAAAAUAAAGUGCCAAUUGUUAGCAUCUG